ACUUAACUGUGACGGGGAAAUUACAAACCCAAGGGAAAGGGAAAAGGAACUCUUCUUUUUGGAUCGGUUUUGCUUUGGUAUUGGAAUCCAUACGAAAGAUAUUUAGAGAAGAAGGUUAGAGAAUAUUGGAUUGGAACAUUGGACUCUUCAUUAAAAUUUGGUAAAUAUAUUUUUCUUUCCCCUUUCUCCUUCAUUUUUUUUGGAUGAGUACAAAAUAAGCUCUCUAUAAGGACUGGAAUACUGUAAAUGGAAACAAGGGGAACCAAGAGCAGAAAAGAAAACAUGAGCGGAGGAGGACACUCAAACCCAAGACGCAACUCCAUGGAAUGGGGGGGGAAACAACCGGACAUAUCUACAGUCAUAUUACAAGAACUGAGGGAAUUUAAAAAAAACUUUAAGCUGGAAAUAAGGGAAGAGCAAAAAGCUUUACGAGGGGAGAUAAGAGAAGAUAUGAUUUCACAAACGGAAACCUUAUCUCGUAAAAUUGAUUUGAUAAACAAGGAUAUUUCAGAGAUUAAAAAGGAGGUCAAAUCUACAGUCAAAAAGACAGUGGAUUUAGAAAAGAAAUUUAUGAAGCUAGAGAAACAACAGACUUACGAAGAGGCUUUAAUACAAAUACAAGAAAAAAGGCACAGAGAUAAAGCUAUUAAGAUUAGAGGCUUGGAGGAAAGUGAAAAUGAGAAUUUAGAGGAGCGGUUAUUACCCCCGCUGGCAAAAUUUUUGGAUGUCUCACUUGAAAUGCUUGAAUCUCAAACGGAUAAAAUUUUCAGAGUGAGCUCUAAAAUAGCUAAGGAAAAAGGGCUUCCCAGAGACAUUGUACUUUGUUUCACCUCCACGAGACUAAAAGAGAGAUGUAUUCAAAGGAACUAUAAGGAAAACCUGGUGAUACAAGGUUCCCAAAUCAGCAUUUUUAAAGAUCUCUCAUUACAAACUAUCAAACAGAGGCAACAAUACAAACCCCUCACUGCUUUACUUCAGAAAAAAAACAUCAAUUAUAGAUGGUCGAACCCAGAGGGAAUAACAUGCUGGUUUAACAAUAAAAGAAUAAGAGUAAACUCCUUGGAAAAAGCAAAAGAAUUCCAAAAAAAUCUAUUACUGCAAGAACAGCAAGAAUACGACACAGACCAGGAAGUGUCAAGCGAAGAAGGAGAGAUCAGCGGAAAGGAUCUACACAGUGACACCGAAAGGGAGCACUCAUUUGACAACUUAGAUCCAUCAAAAGAAAAUCCGGAGGGAGCUUUCGGAAAAGCUAAAGAACUGGGCAAGUAAUUGUCCCCUGGACUCAGAGGUUUAAAACUAAAAUAUUUUUAAAUAUAGAUCUGAGGAAGUAUAACAAGAUGAUUCUGAAUACAAGAUAACUAUAUGAAAAGCCGUUUACUAAACCUUUUGGGGGAACUCUGGCGAUUUCGAUCCUAUACUUCAUGAUUUCUCCAAAAAGACACAAAAGAAAGAUAAGGGGUACAAACACCAUAAGAUGUUUUCUUUAAUGUAAGGAUUCAAGACGACAUGAUAUAUAAGUAUGUCUUCUCUUUGAUAAAAAAUACCUAGAUACAUUGUACGGAGGAAAUAAUUGAAAUUAAAUUUUUCUAAUAACAUAUUGUUAGGGUGAACAGUUGCAAGGUAAUGGUUAUAUCAUGUACUGUCCUUUUUUUUCUUUAUAAUGGAUAAUAAGUAUGUAUGAUACAAGAAAUAACAUUUUUGACUAUUAGGUCUGCAAAAAGGAAACAAACUAUAAUUUAAUAAUCCUCGAGCAUAGGGUAGGAACCGGGACAAGGAAGUUAUUGGGUUAAACUUUUAUUGAGAAAGAACAGGAAGAGUACAUAUAUUUUUUUUUUUGGUCUUUUUUUUUCCUCACUGGUUUUUCUCCCAAGUGUAUCAUUGCAUAAUGGUUUGAGUAUAUACUUUUAUGUAUUAGGCAUUUGGUAGUGACACUAUGGAAGAAACAAGUAUUGUAAAAUUGUUUAUUUCAUUAUGCUUACUCUGUUCUGAUGUUUUUAUAAAAAUUUAAUAAAGAAUAUAAUU